UGCACUGCAGCCCUCGUGCCGCCCUUGCGUGGUGUUUCGUUUCUUCAUAACAUGUUAUUUUGUUUAUCAUAAUGGUCGUUGUUACUAGUUUCGUACUGUGAUUAAGUAAAAUUAUUUUUGAUCAAAAUGUAUUUUAUUUUAAUAGUUAUUGUUUAGUUUUUUCUUUAUUUAUAUUUUCGAGUACUUCUAGUAUUUCUUCUAUUUAAUCUUUUUUUAUUAAUUAAAUGAUAAGGAAAAUAGUUUAAUAGGAUUUAGUAGUACCUUUUUAGUCUUCGUUUUAUUAUUCAUAUAAAAUCUACAUUUCAUUUAAAAAAUAAUUGUUCAAGAACUAUGUAGAAACAUUAAAAAUACACUUAAACUGUCGUUUUGAAAAAAUUUGGAUUAUUUUACACAAUAUUAUGUAGCUGUAUUCAAAAAACUAAAAAGAGAAACUAAAUAUGGCGUCGCACUAUCGAAAAAGUCUGCCUACAGCCGAUGCAGCUCUGGCAUCGGAUAUUUUUGAUAGGUUUUGCACGGCUUCUACGAUGAAAACUAUACUUGGACAUUUUCGACAUUUGUGUGAAAUACUGCGCAUUAAGCCUACUAAUUUUCCUCAGUUUUAUCCUAAACUAAGGACUAUGUUAUGUUCAUGGAAAGCGAAAGCAUUGUGGAAUAAAUUUGACAAAAAAGCAAGUCAUAAAUGUUAUAAUCGCGGCAAAGCUUGUAUGAACACAAGGGUACUAAUUAUCGGUUCUGGACCGUGUGGCUUGCGUGCAGCAAUCGAAGCUCAGUUAUUGGGUGCUAAAGUUGUUGUUAUUGAAAAAAGAGAUCGUCUUUCCAGACACAAUGUGCUUCAUCUUUGGCCUUUUGUCAUUCAAGAUCUAAAAAGCCUGGGUGCUAAAAAGUUUUUUGGAAAGUUCUGUGCAGGAGCAAUUGAUCAUAUAAGUAUAAGACAACUUCAAUGUAUUUUACUUAAAGUGUCUUUGAUUUUGGGUGUUGAAAUUCACGAAGGUGUCAGCUUUGAAUCUCUUUCUCCGCCGCCCGAUAAUGAUGAAAAAAUUGGUUGGAGAGCUAUCUUUAGCCCCGAAAAUCAUCCUGUUUCACAGUAUGAAUUUGAUGUUCUAAUUGGAGCUGAUGGAAAAAGAAAUACACUAGAAGGUUUUAAAAGAAAAGAAUUUCGUGGUAGAUUAGCUAUUGCAAUCACUGCCAACUUUAUAAACAAACAUACAGAAGCUGAGGCAAGAGUAGAAGAAAUAUCAGGAGUAGCAUUUAUUUUUAAUCAAAAAUUUUUUAAAGAUCUUUAUCAUGAAACUGGUAUUGAUUUAGAAAAUAUUGUUUAUUAUAAAGACGAAACUCAUUAUUUUGUUAUGACUGCAAAAAAACAUAGUUUGAUAGAUAAAGGAGUUAUUUUAAAUGAUUAUGCUGAUGUAGCAAAAUUAUUAGCACUAGAAAACAUUAAUAAAGAAGCACUGACUGAAUAUGCCCGAGAAGCUGCAAAUUUUUCUACACAUUAUUCGUUGCCUCAAUUAGAAUUUGCCCUUAAUCAUUAUGGUCAACCUGAUGUAGCCAUGUUUGAUUUCACGUCAAUGUAUGCUGCCGAAAAUUCUAGUCAUGUAAUGCAGAGAAAUGGACACAAACUGCUUACAACAUUAGUAGGAGAUAGUUUAUUGGAGCCAUUUUGGCCCACUGGUUCUGGCUGUGCUCGAGGUUUUCUUAGUUCAAUGGAUGCUUGUUGGGCUAUUCGUCAUUGGGGUGCUCCAGACUCUAAUCCUUUAGAUGUACUGGCUGAACGAGAAUCAAUAUACCAUAUUCUUGGUCAAACUACACCAGAAAACUUGCAACGAAAUAUUGCAGGGUAUACCCUCGACCCAUAUACUCGAUAUCCAAAUUUAAAUACACACGCAGUCGUUCCUGUACAAGUUGUCAAUUUGUUUGAUUGUGAUGAUAAAACUGUUGUUGAGAAGUUUCUUAAAGCUCCACGGCAAGCUCCAAAUCCAAUUCAAGAUGUUCCUAAAAAGCGAAGACGAAAAGUUCGUUUGGCUACUCAUGAUUCAUCAAAGAAGGAAAGCCAAGUGCAUCAAGAUACAUUACUUGUUUGGUUAAAAACUCAGCUUGAUACCUAUGAUUCUAUAUCAGUUGAUGACUUUGCAAAAUCUUUCAAAAAUGGACUUGCACUGUGUGCUAUCAUUCAUAGGUACCGGCCAGAUUUAGUUGACUUUUUUUCAUUAUCUUCAACAGAUUCAGCAAAAAAUAAUCAGUUGGCAUUUGACAUUUUAGAACAUGAAUUUGGGAUUCCUCCCAUUAUGUCUGGUACUGAAAUGGAACAGUGUGAUGUACCUGAUGUUUUGGCAAUGUUGUCAUAUUUAUCACAGGUGUAUGAUACGUUUAGACGAGAAAUUCCACACAUAAAGCAUCCUAAAUUGGAGGAAAGUGAUCAUGGGCCAUCACCUAUAGCAAGUCGUUUUAGAUUCCCUAUUACUAAAAACAAUAUGUUCCUACCAUAUUCUAAAUUAGCUGUCCAAACUAAACCUAAUACACUAUCGAGAAAACGAUCUGGUGUUAAUAAUAUUUCAGCAAUUGACAAAAGCACAGCUUCUUUGCAGCGUCGCUACAGGAAAAGACGUACAAACAUUAAUAAUGGUUCAUUGGUACAAAUAAAAAAGAAAUUGAAUUUAAGAAUGCAUCAGGUUUUUAAAAAAGAACCAGAACCUGAUGAGCUUUUAGAUAAUGAUAAUCAUGAAGAAUUUAAAGAACGUGCCAGAGAAUUGGAACGAAAAUUGUUUCCUAGUCCACGUGACUCACGAGUACAGAGAGAAGCGUCUCCUCGUUAUAAAAUGGAAGAAGACAUUUCAGUUAGAGCAAAAGAAAUUGAAGCUAAACUAAAAGGAGGACUAGCUUCUGAUAAAAAACCUAAAGAUUUAUACAGGGCUAUUGGAAAAAUUGACAAAAGUGACUGGAAUGUAAAGGAAAUUGAACGAAAAAUUGAAGAAAAUAAAGCGUAUGUUAAACAUGAUAAAAAUGGUACUGAAAAAGUACCUAAAUGGAGCCGUCCUCAAUAUGAUGAUAAAGUUAGCGCAAUAAAAAAGAAACUCCAUGUCAAAGGAUAUGAAAAUGAUGAUAACAAUAAAAAAUACUUGGAAAUUGACAAAAACCUAAAUAAACUGAACCGAAAAAUAAAAGAUGGAAAUAUUCUGGAUCAAGGUCAGCGAGGUGCUAAUAAAGUUUCAGCAAUGGCAGCCCAUUUAGCUACCAUAAAUAAACAACCAGAAAAUACUCAUCUUCAAAGAUCUGGCACCAAAAACACUGUUAUACUUCCGCAAAGGGGAAGUGAAACAUGCCAUUUUUGUAAGAGUCGUGUUUAUUUAAUGGAACGUUUGAGUGCAGAAGGCAGAUUUUUCCACCGUGGUUGUUUCCGUUGUGAAUACUGUCAGACAACUUUGCGGUUAGGAACAUACAUGUUUGAUAGAGAAGGUAAAUACAACAACCGUUUCUAUUGUUCACAACACUUUGGAUUGCCAGGAACACAACAAACGAGAUCUCGACGUAAAUAUGAACAAAACAAGACUGAACCUGAUAUGGGCAUUAAACCAAUUAUUUUGGAUAAAACUCCAGAAAAGAUAAAAGCUUCAAUGGAGUCAUUAGAUAGAGGCGAGACACCUGAACGAGUUGAGUUUGAAAACUUGGAUUUAGAAGAAGAUUUAGCUCACAGUGAAAUGGAUGAAGAUGAAUGGACUGACCGUAAUUUUGGUGCUUCAGCAAAUGAAAUGCUCUCUUCUGAUGAAUUAUCUGAAUUUAGCGAUAGUGAUAGCGAUGAAAUCCCAAAUCCUGAUAUUAACACUCAAAAUAAAGAACAAAAGUUAUUAACUAGUACUGAAAACGAUAAUUUGUCUAAUAAUAAUAUUGAAGAUGAUGGACUUAGUUCGCAAAACGAGUCUGAUGAAUCACAAGACCGUUUUAGUUACAAAGAAUUUGACAGUGGUGAUGAUGAAAGUGAUACUGCUACCGAGGGGGAAGAAGAAGUGAAAGCUCGAGAAAUGCGAAAACAAGAAGUUUGUUUGCGUAUUCCUGAUAUAUCAGUGGCCACUACAGACACAGGAUCUGAAACAGAGGUUGCUACUGAUUACUACUCCUCCAGCUCUGGCAAUAAUUCAGCUACGGAAAUCUCUACUGAUUCCGAAUUUGAGCGAGACGAUAAAACACCCACUAGGCACAGUAUUCCAAACAUUAUAGUUAGCGAAAGUGUCCAUUUGAAACGCAUUUCUGUGGAAGAGGCAAAAGUCGACCCGUUGGUGCCUGAAAACCCUAAAAUAGCUGAAAUUGUCAAUCGGGUAUCUCAAAAUCGACCAAAUUUCACUCCCUUUGCUAAGCCCGGUUAUGAAUUAAACAGAACACAGUCCACUGAAGGUAUUGCCACCAAACGUUCUCUGGAAUUGAAAAAAUUGUAUUUGUUGGCUGGCAACGAUAAUGGGUUAGCUGUCAAGAAAUCUGGGUCUACUGCCACUUUGGACACAAAAUUCAAAAGCUUUGUCGACCACAUAUCUGAGCACCAGAAGAUGUUGAAUCCCGCGCCUGUUCCUAGUCUGGUGAUGCAAGCUUUCUUGCAAAAUGCCAGUCCAAUCAUUAACAAAAGUGAGAAAAAAUCAAAAGAACUACCAGACUCCGCCGAUGUGUUUCAACACGUUUGUCAGAUAAACUCUGAUAAAACAAACAAUGACAACGAAAUGAAUCACAACAACAAAGACACUAUAGUCAAUAAUGUCAAGUCAUCUCAUGACAACGAUAAUAACGAAGCACGGCCGCGCAGUCCAGCGCACGAGACAUCAAUUAUUGUCCCUGAAUUUCAUCGGAUUAGUGACGUUAAGAAGAUGGAUACAGAUUCGCUGUCGACAAACACUAGUAGUAGUUCAUCGGAUGACGAUAAGGACGACCAAAAAGAGGUCAGAAAUGCUGUCAAUGAAAACGAAACUCCCUACAAGGAAAAUCAUAGUCUACCCAAAUUAGAAAUCCACAACUCUCGAGGUGAGCUCAUGGACGAUUUGGUGGAUCUAACGCCAUUGCAGCCGAAGGAUCAACAGGAACCAUCUAAGAUAGAAUGUAAGCCUAUAUAUGCCGAAAACGGGUUUAAUAAGAUAAUCACGGUGCCGAGUCCGAUGAAAAACAAAAACGCGUGGAAUGGUGAGGUGCUCAAACACGUGUCAACUACAGCUGAUCUGUGUGGGACAAACAGUAUGACCGUAAAUCCCAACCACAACGACAUAUCGGCAUCGCCGCCGUUGGAGUCUUUGCUGUGUGUGGGUGCUAAUAAGUUGUCUGGUGGUAAUGUAGAUGACGACGAUGAAGAUCAUACGUUUGGUGCGCACACCGAAACUGAGUUGUCUGAUUGGGCAAGGGAUGAUGACGUGGGUGUAUCCGAAGCUUGGGAUGAAUUUGUACCAGUGCCCAUUCAAUCAGUUACGUACAGAAAACAUCAGCGUCCAAACUCUAAGCGGAAACCUAGGAAUUUACCCAAGAUAAAACCUGCCGAAAAUACUGAUGAAUACGGACAUGUGUGUGGUAAAAUCGACAGCGACCACAUAGAGUUUAUGGACACAAUCAGUGACAGUGAUGGCGACCAUGUGGCCGCUCUCAACCAGACACUGUUACAGAACACUGGCUACGUGGAGUUUGUGUCUAAUCCGCAAACGGACGACGAGCUCAAGACGCCUGUGAUCGAAACGAUGAAUGCUUUUUACGGCGGCAGAAUGGUGCUGGACAAAGAAGACUAUGAUACGACAACAACCAGUGACGCAGUCACUGUGAUGGAUGUUAAAAACGACAAUGAGGACACACUGACUCAUGUGGCUGCUGACACCAACAAGACUUAUCAGGAAUACGUGCACAGGCUGCAAGAAAAAAUCACACCAUUCAACAAUAUAAGAGAUUCGAUAGAUAUAAGGAAAACGAAGAAACCUCUCUUUGAUAAGGCUGCUGGGUCUUAUCCCGUGGUCGCCAACGAAACUGCCAAAGAACACUACAGUGAACCCAUCGAACAAAAUUCUACUACUUAUAAAAUUCAACAGAUCACCAAAGAGAGAAUGAAGGAGAAGAAUCUUGUGCACGACAUGGUGAUGAGCAAAAUUCCGGGCAAAUCACCCAAUGAGAGAAAACAACGGCGAAACCGGAGCUCACCUUUUUCGCAGGAACCUGCUGCUGUAGACCAUUUUGAGUUCACCAAACCGCUUCCAGUCUAUCAAUGUGCCUCCGAGUUAAAAGCUCGGCCCGUUUCUCUGUUCAUACCUACAAAAAGUCCCAAGAGCGAACAAAAACCAGCUAAUAAUGGCGCUAAUAAACCAAUUUUGUGUUCAGAAGCAUUUUCACUGCCUGAUAUACGAAGGGCUCUGUUCGAAGAGAAAGGGCCGGCAUUAAGUGUGGCCGAAAUUUUGAAAUCUACGGAAGAGAUACGGGAAAAUGCAAGAGCCAGGGCGAGAUUGAAGAGUGAUUCAGAAUUAGGUAUUAGUCCUGAAGACAAAAUCAGACAGCUCAGAGAGAAGUUAGAACGAAGGCGAGCAGUAAAGAGCGAAUGCGACGGGUUGUCCACGCUGACCAAGAGCAGGAGUUGUCAGUCUAUUGACGACUACAAUCUCGAUCUUCCUAUGUGUGAAACACCAAAAAGAAUCGACCAGAGAAAAGACGAUCGUCCUGAAAGAAAACGCAGUAUCACCCAAGCUGUUAUGGCAGCUAUUUUUCAGAAAAAAACUCAAUCUCCGAACAAAAAUCGUUCUUCUUCUAGUCAGCAGACUUCGCCAUCUAGGUUCAAGUUCCUUAUGAGUGGCAAGUCUAAAGAAAAAUCUCAGUCAGCAGAUAAUAUUGUUUCACUCAUUGGAGAUCAUGAUAAAAAGAUGAUUUCAGCUAUUGGAGAUAAACCAGUUCAGUAUAAAUCUAACAGUGAAUCAGAAAUCAGAAGGCGUCUUAUUGAUUCUUUGGCUCCACCUGUACCUCCAUUGCCUACUUGCUACAGUAUUGAUAAUCAAAAGUCAUUAGAAACCAUUAUUACCGAUGACGAACCCAAAAAUGGUAUAUUUGACAAUGACCCUAGUAUGAUGAGCGCUGAUAGCAGAAUGACUAAAUCAGAAAUGAAAAUUGCUCGACAGUCUCAACGCAAGAGGUUACGAAUAGCUCAAGAGGUACAAAGAAAACUAGAAGAAUUAGAUGUUAAACUAAAAAUGUUGGAAGCCGAAGGUGUUGAGGUAGAAAAGAGACUAAGAGGAGAAGGAAAUGAAGAAAAUGAAGAUGAACCAUCUUUGCUACACACGUAUUGUGAACUAAUGAGUGAAGUCAACCGAUUGAGACGAGAAGAACGUGAGCUAGGCCUACAAGCCCAAGAAUUAGAACUAGAGGACAACCUAGCAAGGCGAGAUAAUGUCAAUAGCAGUGAUAACGAUUGGAGUAAUAUUUCGCUAACUCAUCAGAAUUAAACAAAUGAAUAAUACAAUUUUAUUAUUUAUAUAUAUUAUUUACAUAUGUUGAAUAUAACAUACUUCUGUUAAAAUGAAUGACAGAACCCCACUAACAGGAACUGUAGCUCACUUAUUAUUUAAGUAUGUUCGUAUAACAAAUAUUUAUUUUGUAUUUAUUUUUAUACUUGUUUCUUUUCUUUUUUUAGACUAUGUAUAACAAAUUUAAGUAAGCUAAUGUGUGAUAGUUUUUCAUUAACUAAUGAGUCAAAUUAUAACCCCUUAUAAUGUUAUUUAAGUAAUAGAAUCCCGAACCAAAGCUAACAUUUUGUUUAAUAUUUUAAUUACGUAACAAUUUUAUUUUAUAUAAUCUGUGAUAUGUUUAGAUGUAUAACUCAAUUGGGCCUUAUAUUUUUAAGAAUUUAUAUAUAUAUAUAUAUCAUGUCGUAUGUAAAUCCGAGUAACAAAUGCUUAACAAAUCAACAUAUUAUUUCUUCUUACUUUUUUUUUAGUUUCGAUUUUUCAUUUAAUUUUUUUUUUUCAAUAUAGUAUUAUAAAAGUUAAAACCAUUAUUUUGGAACUUUUCAAUGUACACUAUUAUUAUUGUAAUAAAAUAUUUAUUUUAUUAUAAACUAGUUUUAUAAAAAUCAAAAUGUAUAAAUAAAUAUAUAUAUGUAUUAUUAAACAUAAAUCAAUAGUAUUAUUUUCUCAAAAAAAUAUGUUUAAAAAAAAAAUAAUAUUAAUAGUAUUAAUAGUCUAAUGAAGCUGUUUGAUACUUUUUAAAACAGUUUUAAUAAAUUAAUUUUGUUCAUAUUUUUGUUUUUUUUUAUUGGCGAUGGUAGUAAAAAUAAUUAGUCAUCGCCUUUGAGAUAAGAUUCUAGUGGAUUAGGUCCUCUCCGUUUUGCCAUUACUGUUGUGCUCGUGUCUGUGUACAAAUAGCAUAUAGUUAAUUUUAGAUACGCUUAUAUGUUUAAUAAACAUGAGUUAUUAUUUUA